CGGUGUGCGCGGCGGCGCCGCUGGGAAGGCCGCCGCCAUGGACCUGUUCGGGGACCUGCGGCGCAUGAACAAGCGGCAGCUCUAUUACCAAGUCCUCAAUUUUGCCAUGAUAGUGUCUUCAGCCCUCAUGAUCUGGAAGGGGCUGAUUGUCAUUACUGGCAGCGAAAGCCCAAUUGUUGUGGUGCUCAGUGGCAGUAUGGAACCAGCUUUCCACAGGGGAGACCUGUUGUUCCUAACAAAUUUCCAUGAUGACCCAAUCAGAGCUGGUGAAAUAGUUGUUUUUAAAGUUGAAGGCAGAGACAUUCCAAUAGUUCACAGAGUAAUCAAAAUUCAUGAAAAAGAAAAUGGGGACAUCAAAUUUCUGACUAAAGGUGAUAAUAAUGAAGUUGAUGACAGAGGCUUGUACAAAGAGGGCCAGAACUGGUUAGAGAAGAAAGAUGUUGUUGGAAGAGCGAGAGGAUUUUUGCCUUAUGUUGGUAUGGUAACUAUAAUAAUGAAUGACUAUCCCAAAUUUAAGUAUGCUCUUCUGGCCGUAAUGGGAGCAUAUGUUCUAUUGAAACGUGAAUCCUAAAUUUAAGAAUGCAAAAAGGAGAGAGAAAGAGAGCGCCGCCACUUUUCCAAGAAUGAAGUUAAAUAUACUGGGAAAAAAUAAUAUAUUUCAGAUAUUUUAAUUUCUGUAUACAGUUGUGAAACUGUGCAACUUUUUUCUUGUCUAAAUAAACUGUACAGCUAAUGAGUAGAGCUUCUGACUGUUGGUUAAUGAUGCAAUUGCUUAUUUCCAGCCCGUGCAGCUCCRUGUCCGAGUCGCUGGCUGCUCGGCCGCUGCCGGAGACAGUGCCGCCCACGGAGCUGCCUGCGGCUCCGUGCACGCAGGAGGCAGCCGAUCCAGCCCUGCUCCCCGCCGCGUCCUACCUUACUUUGCCUGAUUGUUUUAACCU